AUGGACCGUGAACCUCCGGAGGGCGGUUCCUCGAAAAGGUUGUGCCACUUAAGGCACAAAAUGGACCGUGAACCUCCGGAGGGCGGUUCCUCGAGAAGAAGGUUUUGCCACUUAAGGCACAAAAUGGACCGUGAACCUCCGGAGGGUGGUUCCUCGAAAAGGUUGUGCCACUUAAGGCACAAAAUGGAUCGUGAACCUCCGGAGGGCGGUUCCUCGAGAAGAAGGUUUUGCCACUUAAGGCACAAAAUGGACCGUGAACCUCCGGAGGGUGGUUCCUCGAAAAGGUUGUGCCACUUAAGGCACAAAAUGGACCGUGAACCUCCGGAGGGCGGUUCCUCGAAAAGAAGGUUUUGCCACUUAAGGCACAAAAUGGACCGUGAACCUCCGGAGGGCGGUUCCUCGAGAAGGUUUUGCCAAUUAAGGCACAAAAUGGACCGUGAACCUCCGGAGGGCGGUUCCUCGAGAAGGUCUUGCCACUUAAGGCACAAAAUGGACCGUGAACCUCCGGAGGGCGGUUCCUCGAGAAGAAGGUUUUGCCACUUAAGGCACAAAAUGGACCGUGAACCUCCGGAGGGCGGUUCCUCGAGAAGAAGGUUUUGCCACUUAAGGCACAAAAUGGACCGUGAACCUCCGGAGGGCGGUUCCUCGAGAAGAAGGUCUUGCCACUUAAGGCACAAAAUGGACCGUGAACCUCCGGAGGGUGGUUCCUCGAAAAGGUUGUGCCACUUAAGGCACAAAAUGGACCGUGAACCUCCGGAGGGCGGUUCCUCGAAAAGGUUGUGCCACUUAAGGCACAAAAUGGACCGUGAACCUCCGGAGGGUGGUUCCUCGAAAAGGUUUUGCCACUUAAGGCACAAAAUGGACCGUGAACCUCCGGAGGGCGGUUCCUCGAGAAGGUUUUGCCACUUAAG